AUGGCCGAGGACGAACUUGUUCGGAUGCAGGAAUUCUUCCGCAUCCAACGUGAGGAAUGGUGGAAAUGGCCCCCUAUUCACAAAGACUACGACAAAGAUAAAUCCAAACCGGCCUCGAUUAUCCAGCGUAUCGAAGAAGGUACAGAUGAAUAUGACGACUCAGAGGAAAUAGCCUACCGAGAAUGGAUGCGUGAAUUUGCGCCAAAACAGGCCAUACCCGCGUCAUCUUGGAAAGACGACGAGGAAGACUCUGGAGAGAAUCAAGACUCAGACAAAACCAAGGCGUAUAAAAGUGAAGCGGAAAUCUUCCGACAUAUCUACCAUCCUUCUGCCCUGGCACUCGUCAAUAUGGAGUGCCUGCGUCCGGUGCACCAUCUUAUCCUUGAUGAGCUAUUUCUCGUCAAACCCUCUAUCACUGUAUCGCUCAGCAAGUACUGUUACGAGUACUUUAUCCCAAAGCUGUACACCAAAGUGUGCUUCAAUGACCCCCACAAUAUACCAGUCACAGGAUUCAUGCAAGGGUAUAAAUCUCCGAACGGUCGAAAGAAGGAAGCUUUGAGACUAGUCAGAGAAGUGUGUAUCUACUUUCCUCCCUUGGUGUAUGUACCAAAGGGAGAAUUACAAUCCGAUGGUACCAGAGAAAUGAUACCAACAUAUCGUCGUCAAGGCGUGCGUACCGGGUAUCGACACUCGUGGCAGACUCUGCCGCCAGGUGCUAAAGAAAUACCUCUCCUCCACUGGGAGAUUUGUCAAGAGCUAGGUCUCAGAUCCUCCAUCUACCCGGACGGCAUUUACAUGCCCAAUGCAGAAAAAACAACCUUCUGCGGAUACAUGGGAGACUAUUUGUUCAAGGGUAAUCUUGAGGCAGGCAAUGUGUCUCGUUAUAGGCUUGGCCAAACCAACUAUUCCACUCAAUGGUUGAUGAAGACCAUUAUCCGACUUCAUGACCACAUCGGGUUUAGGCCAGAACACAAAACACUCUGUGAUCCAGGUCCCGUCCCUCCCUCUUGA